AUGGCAAUCUGGGCCGCCAGCCCCUCCACCACGAGGGGUCAACCCACCCAGCUUUCUUCCGAUGCUAAAGGCGAACGUCUCGCUUACGCGUCAAAUAAAUCCAUCUUCCUCCGCUCCAUAGAUGACCCCGCUGUCGCUCGUCAGUACACCGAGCAUAAGGUGCAGACAACAGUCGCCCGCUUCGCACCAUCAGGAUUCUAUGUUGCUAGCGGAGAUGCUAGCGGUGUUGUUAGAGUGUGGGAUUGCGUUGGCGAAGGCAUCACGAAGGGCGAAUACAGCAUUGUGAAUGGCCGAAUAAACGAUCUUGCUUGGGACGGUGAUUCACAGCGGAUUAUCGCAGUCGGAGACGGAAAGCAAAGAUAUGGUCACUGCAUUACUUGGGAUAGCGGAAAUACUGUGGGCGAAAUAAGUGGACACACUCAAGCGAUCAAUGCCGUUUCAAUCCGCCAACAGCGCCCGCUGCGCGCAGCUGCCGCCGGUGACGAUAAGAAUGUAGUCUUUUAUCACGGCGCGCCAUUUAAAUUCAACACUGGCAUCCGAGACAAACACACCAAUUACAUCUAUGGCGUUGGCUUCAGCCCCGAUGGCUCUACGUUGGUCAGCGUUGGUGCUGACAGGAAGAUCUGGUUAUACGAUGGAAAAUCCGGGGAGGUUAAGGGGCAGAUUGGAGAAGGGGAGCACAAGGGAAGCAUCUUCGCGGUGUCAUGGUCGAAGGAUUCGCGUAAGUUCGUCACCGCCAGUGCUGACAAAACUGUCAAAAUCUGGGACGCGGAAGCAGGCAAGGUCACCCAGAAUUGGAACAUUGGAGGUGAGGGAAACCAAAACUUCCUGAAUCAGCAAGUCGGCGUGGUAUGGCCUCCAGGCAGGAGUGAUAACCUGCUCAUCAGCCUGUCAUUAAGCGGUGACCUUAACUACCUUGUCGAAGGUACACCUGAACCAAGACAAAUCAUCCAGGGCCACCAGAAGAACAUUACAUCCUUGACUGCAUUUGAAUCUAGCAGUGGAGAAGAAACUCUAUGGACAGGAAGCUUUGAUGGAAGGGUGUGUGGCUGGGAUGUGCCUACUGGGAAAGCCGAGACGAUCGAAGGAGAUGGCUCUUCGUCGUAUAUUGCAGGUCUGACAUCGACCCAGGAAGGCGCUGGGAGGCUCUACAGCGUUGCCUGGGACGAUACCAUUCGUUCUCUAGACAUCGGCGCCAAGACUUAUACCGGUAGUUCUUCUAAGCUGUCCGGACAGCCCAAAGGAAUCGCUGGCGGAGGUACGACCGUUCUGGUGGCAAAUGCCGAAAGCAUCGAGAUUCACAGGGAUGGCCAGAAAGUCGGCGAUUUCAAACCAAACUUCUCUGUCACUGCUGUAGCGGCUCACGGCAGUAUAGCAGCAAUUGGAGGAGACGAUUCGACUGUUCAGAUUUGCGACAUUGCUGGAACUUCCUUAACGCCCAAACAUGAUUUCAAGGCGUCGCGCGACGUGGUAUCGGCUAUGGCAUUUUCGCCAGAUGGUUCCAAAUUAGCUAUUGGUGACUCGCGCGGUCGCGUGCUAGUCUACAAGGUGGCGGACGGCAGCUUGGUGAAUGAUCGUUGGACUGCACACACGUCUCGGAUAACCUCUAUUGCAUGGAACGACAACGGCGCUCACAUCGUCAGCGGAGCGUUAGAUACCAAUAUUUUCGUUUGGAGCUUGACAAAUCCAGGCGACUGGCUGCAAGUGUCCAAUGCUCACAAAGAGGGUGUUAAUGGCGUGGCAUGGAUUGCUGGGGGCUCCAAGGUUGCCUCCGCUGGGGCCGAUGCGGCGGUCAAGGUAUGGAAGGUUGAAGGACUGAAAUAAUAGACGCAGACUGGUAUAGUUAUCUAUGAGUCACUUUAAGAGUAUAUAAACAUAAACCUAUAAGUUGA